AUGACUCUGAUUGUCCACCACCUCCAUGUAUCCAUGUCCGAGAGGAUUCCAUGGCUUUGCGAAGAGCUCGGAGUGCCCUACGAGCUGAAAGUUUACGACCGCGACAGACUCAUGGCUCCUGCUGAGUUUAAAGCACUGCAUCAUUCGGGCACAGCUCCUGUCAUCCAGGACGGCGACCUGACUCUGGCAGAGAGCGGUGCGUGUGUUGAGUACAUCAGCCACAAACACGCUCAAGGCAAGCUCUUCGUGCCUUCGUCCUUCCCAGAAUACGCCACCUUUCUCUUCUGGUGGCAUUGGUCCAACGCUACGCUGCAGUCCGCCCUUGGAGGAGCACUGGGAGCCUAUGCAAUUGGAUUACGCGAGGGUGACCCUCGAGGGGGCAUUUGCUUUCGGCCGCUCUAA